UGACGUAGCAGGAGGUGGUGUCCGGGUUGUGAUGCGUUCAAACCCGGACAAGAAAGUCUCAUUUGUGGUGUUAAACGUCGUCCGACACAGGAGUGACACUCCCACUCGAGCCAUUACUGACCAUGGACCCGAACAGCAGACUCCUCGGGAGGUUGACAGAGGCCGGCCAGUCUCACCUCUUGCGCUUCUGUGACCAGCUGAGCCCCGAUGAGUGCGCCGCCUUGAACCAGGAGCUGCAGGGGAUAGACUUUCAGGAGGUCAAUGGCUUCUUCAAGAGGGCCAUGGAGUUGUCCGGCUGCGACGGCAAGAACGAGAAGAUGGACGCCCGCAUGGAACCGGUGGCCCAGGACGUGCAGGGGAGUGUGACGAGGGACCGAGCAAGUCUUAAACGCUGGGAGGAAAAAGGUCUGGAAUGCAUUUCCCAGGGUAAAGUGGCGGUGCUGCUGCUGGCCGGCGGUCAGGGAACCAGACUGGGGGUCUCCUACCCCAAAGGCGUGUAUGACGUGGAGCUUCCGUCCCACAAGACCCUCUUUCAAAUCCAGGCAGAGCGCAUUUUCAAACUGCAGCAGCUGAGUGAGGGGAAGCACAAGCAUAAAUGCAUCAUUCCUUGGUACAUUAUGGCCAGCGGCAGGACCAUGGAAUCCACCAAGGAGUUCUUCUCGCGCCAUAACUACUUUGGCUUGGAAAAGAGCAACAUCAUCUUCUUCCAGCAGGGCAUGCUACCAGCCAUGGACUACGAAGGCAAGAUCAUCCUGGAGAGUAAAUGCAAGCUGUCCAUGGCCCCUGACGGGAACGGGGGUCUGUACAGAGCCUUGGGCAAACAGGGCAUCUUGGCCGACAUGCAGCGGAGAGGGAUUGAGUUCAUACAUGUGUACUGUGUGGAUAACAUCCUGGUCAAAGUGGCUGACCCGGCAUUUGUCGGUUUCUGUGUGGAGAAGGAUGCAGACUGUGGCGCGAAGGUGGUGGAGAAAAGCAACCCGACAGAGGCCGUGGGUGUGGUGUGCAAGGUGGACGGGCUUUAUCAGGUGGUGGAGUACAGCGAGAUCACCUUGGCCACGGCCGAAAAGCGCAGCGCCGAUGGCCGCCUCAUGUUCAACGCGGGCAACGUGGCUAAUCACUUUUUCAGCUUCUCUUUUCUUAAAGACAUAGUAGAGAAGUACGAACCAAAGCUUCAGCACCAUGUGGCCCGGAAGAAGAUCCCGUUUGUGGAUGCCCAGGGUCAACUCGCCACUCCGGACAAACCCAAUGGGAUCAAAAUGGAAAAAUUUGUCUUUGACAUCUUCCAGUUUGCCAAGACGUUUGUGGUCUACGAGGUGCUGAGGGAGGACGAGUUCUCCCCGCUGAAGAACGCCGACCGCCAAGACGGGAAGGACACGCCCACCACCGCUAGACACGCCCUCAUGUCCCUCCACCACCGCUGGGUGCUGAACGCGGGCGGCCACUUCAUCGAUGAGAAUGGCACGCGCGUGCCCGCCAUACCCAGAGCUGGAGCAGAAGGCCGUGUCACAGAUGAUGGCAGAAGAAACCUAAAGGAUGGAACUGACCUGCCAAUCAAAUGUGAAAUCUCCCCGCUGGUGUCGUAUGGGGGGGAGGGUCUGGAAGCGCUGGUGAAGGAUCGAGAAUUCCGCCCGACGCUCCUCAUCGAUCAGAGCGGCGUCCACCAGGUGGUCAAGAACGGCGUUUAGGCGGCCAAAGAGCCCAAUCCAAAAACGCCAACCAUUUUGUCCCUCGGGGCUAAACUGUGAUGUCAUCAAUGUGCAAUAAUGGCCAUCAAUGUGCAUGCACAGAAAACGACUGAAUGAACGAACGAGCGAGAUGAAGUGAGCACCCUCUGUGUAUGUAUGACGACAGUCCUUCGGGAGGAAAGCUUGUGGGUAUGGUGCAUCUAUUUAUUUUGCUGACGAGACUUAUUUUUAUAUAAUGUAUACUGUCAUAGUAUAUUUCACA